UUAUUAUAUAUAUUUACAUAUAUUAAAGAGGUCUAGAAGUCAAGGAAUCUCCACAUAAGUUUAUUUUCUAAGGGUAGUUAAGAUUAGAAGAAUGUACGUGCCAUGAAUUUCUAAUCUUUCACUUUUUUUUUAGUGUCAUCAAUUAUGUCAUCUUGUAUGUUGUUGUUGGCUUUAUAAAAUUCAGUACUAUAGGAUUAAGAGCAAAUUAAGUUGUUUUUAUUUGUAACAUAUUUUAAACAUACAAAACAAAACCGAUAAAUUACAGAAUCUAUAUGAGUUCUAAAAAGAUUACAUGGAAGUCCUUGGUCUUGAUCUUAGGUUGUUACAAGACCAAAAACACCUUAGAUGAAACAGAGAAACGAGGUUUAAAACAUGGUUCUUUCAAAAGGCUAUGUCUCUCUGAUAUAAGCAUUAAUUCUACAAGCUCUAGUCAAGCUAUUGAGGAUCUUUCAGUUUCUUUAGCUGGCUCAAAGCUUUACACAUUCACCUUAGAGGAGUUAAGAGAAGCAACACAUGACUUUUCAUGGAGUAAUUUGCUAGGUGAAGGAGGGUUUGGACCUGUUUAUAAGGGUUUUGUUGAUGAUAAACUUAGACAUGGUUUGAGGGCUCAACCUGUUGCUGUUAAACGGCUCAACUUGGAUGGCUCACAAGGUCACAGAGAGUGGCUGGCAGAGAUUAUAUUUCUUGGACAGCUUAGACAUCCACAUCUUGUAAAGUUAAUUGGAUAUUGUUGUGAGGAGGAGCAAAGGCUUCUGGUGUAUGAAUACAUGGCAAGAGGGAGCUUGGAGAAUCAAUUGUUCAGAACAGGAUACUCUGCUACCUUACCAUGGUCAACCAGAAUGAAAAUUGCAUUAGGUGCAGCUAAAGGUCUAGCCUUCCUUCAUGAAACAGAUAAACCUGUAAUAUAUAGGGAUUUCAAAGCUUCAAAUAUAUUACUCGACUCGGAUUACACGGCUAAACUAUCAGACCUUGGACUAGCAAAAGAUGGUCCUGAUGGAGAAGAAACACAUGUGACAACAACAUGCAUAAUGGGAACAAAAGGUUAUGCUGCUCCUGAGUAUAUCAUGUCAGGCCACCUUUCUACAAAGAGUGAUGUGUAUAGCUAUGGAGUUGUGUUAUUGGAACUGCUUACAGGCAAGAGGGUACUGGACAAAAGCAGAUCAAAUAGAGAGAGAAACUUGGUGGAAUGGGCAAGGCCUAUUUUGAGAGAUCAAAGAAAGCUUCUUCAUAUCACAGACUCAAGAUUAGAGGGUCAGUUUCCUAUUAAAGGAGCUUUGAAAGUUGCUGCAUUGACUUAUAAAUGUUUGAGUCACCACCCAAAUCCAAGGCCUACUAUGAGUGAUGUGGUAAAGAUAUUGGAAUCACUUCAGGAUUUUGAUGAUGUGAUCAUAGGACCAUUUGUGUAUGUAGCAGUUAGUGAAAAUGGCCAAUGAAAAACUGUCAAAUUGCAUGAAGGAAUCAUGCAGGAUGCCUAUUGAGGAAAGUAAGUGCCAAUUUGCCAUCCUGCCUUGGUCCUAGGCACAUAAAAAUUAGAUUCUGCCUAUAGUAAUACUAAAUCAUAAGAAACAUAGAUAAGAUAUUUUUGUCAUUUUAGUUUAUAAAAGGAUGACUUUUCUAAUCAUGAAGCUUAAUGUAAGUAAGUGAUUAUUAGUUGCAUCUAAUAUUUGGUCAGAAAUAGAGAGCUGUAACAAGGGAAUGAUUGAGGUGAGUAUAUCCAAAAUUUGUGUGACACUUACAAGAUGGAUCACACUCUAUAUUGUAUAUAAUUGAAAGUUUACAUAAUCUGUAUCCCCAUAAUAGUAUUCAUUUUGAUUUAUGCAUGAAUAUUUUUUUUAUAAAA